AUGACUCGUGGAUUAGUUAUGUCCGUUACAAAGCGACUGAUUCUCAUCAACGUCAUUCCAACGUUGUUCAUCAUCUUCUUUUCCGAAGUAAUCCCUCAAGUCCUCUGCACUAAGUACGCUCUACCAAUAGGAAGCCGUUGUCGUCAUCUGAUGGUAUUCUUCAUGGUACUAACCUUUCCGGCGAGCUAUCCUUUGUCGAAGCUGCUCGACUGCUUGAUAGGAAAAGAGAUGCGUAUGUCGAUAGAUCGCCGAAUGCUGGGCGGUUUGAUGCGUCAGCAGCAACAACAACAGCAGAAGUACGAAACUGUAAACAUGGCCGACGUUGUGGAAAACGCGAUGAAUCUGCAAGUACGACGCGUCCGUGACGUCAUGACACCGAUCGAGAAGGUGUUUAUGAUAUCGGACAAAACGGAAGUAAAUGCUAAGCUGAAAGUACAGCUGAAUGAGAAUCGACACACACGAAUCCCAGUCUACAAAGGCAACGACCGCAAUUGUGUA